AUGAUUGUCUCUCUUUUGCCUCUGGUCUAUCUCGCGCUCCUCGCGCAGCCUGGUGCUGCGAAGGACUCGACGAGUUUCAAGAACACCACUGGCACCUCGCCGAUCCUCUUCCCUACGGACGUUGGUUUUGGCAGUGACGAAGUUCCGGGUGGUGCCCCUUACAAUGCUCAGAUCGACAAGAUCUCCUACCGCCCUCGCACCGACGCCUCGAUCGAGAUGCGCUGGCUCCCGAAGAAUGCGAAGCGUGACCAUGCCACCUCGGACGACAUUUUCCGUCACCUCGCCAACAUGACGCCCUACAAGCCCGCUGACAAGCUGUUCCCGGAGACGUAUGGCUACGAGAAAGUGCCGGACCAGUGCGAAAUCAAGCAGGUGCACAUCCUCCACCGUCACGGCUCGCGCUACCCCGACAAGGGCCACAAGUCGGGCCCCGGUAACUUUGGCGAGAAGGUGCAGGAUGCCGUCAAGGCCGGCAAGCUGAAGGCUUCGGGUGAGCUCGAGUUCCUCUACAACUGGAAUUACGAUCUCGGCCAGAAGAUCCUGGUGCACAACGGUGCGCAGGAGAUGUUCAUGUCGGGUGUCAAGGCUUACUACGACUACGCCAAGCUCCUGUCCAACUUCACUGCCCACAAGCCCGUCGUGCGUACUUCGUCGCACAGCCGUGUGCUUGACUCGGCCCGCUACUGGACCCUGGGCUUCUUCGGCUGGGAUGCUACGGACAAGAUGCACCUCGAAGUCCUCACCGAGGACGAUUUCCAGAACCUUACCCUGGCUGGUAAGAACGCUUGCCGCAACGCCGACAGCGACGACUACGAGCUUAGCGUCAACGUCAGUGCCAUCUGGCAGAACAUCUACCUGCAGGCCCCCAAGGCUCGUCUGCAGAAGAACCUCAAGGGCAUUGAUCUUACGAUCACUGACGUGUACAAUAUGAUGAGCGCUUGCCCCUACGAGACGGUGGGCAUUGGUUACUCCGACUUCUGCAAGCUCUUUACCAAGAACGAGUGGCUGAACUUUGAGUACGACAUGGACCUGCAGACGAUGGCCGACAACGGUUUCCUGAACCCCACGGCCCGUGGUGUCGGUAUCGGUUGGGUGUCGGAAUUUAUCGCUCGUCUCAAGAAGGAGAAGUUCACCGGCCCGGUCACGACGCAGAACAUGACGCUUGACACCAACUCUACGUACUUCCCCCUUGACCAGCCCCUCUUUGUGGACGUCUCGCACCACAGUCAGAUGACCAGCAUCAUGGCCGCACUGAACCUCACCCAAUUCAAGUCCAAGUUCGACCCCCACCACAACGACCAGAACCGUAACUUCAAGCUUAGCCAGGUGCUCCCUUACGGUGCUCGCUGGGUCUGGGAGGUCCUUGACUGCAACGAGAAGAAGGGUAACCAGACCUACAUCCGUAUGAAGAUGAACGAGGCUAUUGUUCCCCUGAACGAGGCCCAGGGCUGCAAGCCGCGUCCGGACGGUCUCUGCAAGCUGGACGACUUCACGAGCUACCUGGAGAAGAACGCGUACAAGGCUUCCAAGUUUGAUCUCUCCUGCUUCGGCAAGAACGGUACCGACUUUAAGCUCAAGGGCCUGAGCACCGUCACGGACGGCGUCGUGCCCGACAGCGCAAUUGUGCACCACUAA